UACAUUGACGCGUUUCUUGAUCCUUCAGCUUUUUUUCUCCGUUAUCGAUCUAAUCUUAGAUCUACAAUCUUUAUACAUCAUCAUCAUCUAUACAUACAUAUAUACAUUCAUAUUCUAUCACAUUACACUCUCAAAAUCCAAACUUUAUUGAUACCCAUUUCUUAUUUCCCAAUUUUAAUCAUACCCAUUUGAUUUUCUUGCAAGAACACUCUCAAUUUCACUAUCAAUUCACUUUCCUUACAUAUUUACAAAACUGCCAUCAAUGUCGCCGGAAUCUGAGAAAACCAACAACCAUGUUAACGUUGAUGAUACUAAGAAACCAUUCAGGAUCUACAUAGGUUAUGAUCCAAAAGAAGACGUGGCGUACGAGGUAUGCCGUUAUUCUAUCUUAAAAAGAUCUUCAAUCCCUGUAGAGAUAAUACCCAUUAAGCAAUCUGAACUUAGGGAGAAAAAGUAUUAUUGGCGUGAACGGAAUAACCUCGAAAGCACCGAGUUUUCGUUUACGAGAUUCUUGACACCAAUGCUGGCAGGGUAUGAAGGGUGGGCAAUGUUUGUAGAUUGUGAUUUUUUGUACUUAGGUGAUAUUAAGGAGCUAUUUGAUUUAGUUGAUGAUAAGUAUGCUGUAAUGUGUGUACAACAUGACUAUACACCGAAAGAAACCACGAAAAUGGAUGGUGUGGUUCAGACAGUGUACCCUAGGAAGAAUUGGUCUUCAAUGGUGUUGUACAAUUGUGGGCAUUUGAAAAACAAGGUUUUGACACCCGAGAUUGUGAAUACGGAGUCUGGCAAGUAUUUGCAUAGGUUUUCUUGGUUGGAUGAUGAUGAGAUUGGUUCGGUUCCUUUUGUUUGGAACUUUUUAGUUGGGCAUAACAGGGUUGUCGAAGGGGAUGUGAGUACGUAUCCGAAAGCUAUUCAUUAUACUCUAGGAGGGCCUUGGUUCGAGAGUUGGAAAGAUUGUGAGUUUGGUGAUUUGUGGUUGAAGGAAUUGGAAGAGUUUGAGAAGGUUAAAAAGGAUGGAAAAGUUGAGUGAGAUGUAAGAAUUUUUCAAUGUUGUUUCAUUGUUUUAGUGUAUUGCUAAUAUCAUAUGUGUAUGUGUUUUCGAUUAAAUGCCAAGUUUCAUGUAACUUUGGUAGCAACUAUGAUUCGUUGUGUAUGAUUUACGCUGUAAUAUUAAGUUGAAUUAAUGAUUGAUCUAUAUGAUAAUGUCGGUUUUUGUUUAA